CUGCCACCAAGAUGCGCCCUACUGCUCCCAACUGGCUCAAGCUCCUCGUGCCCGUCAAGCGCACCGUCGACUAUGCCGUCAAGAUCCGCGUCGGCCCCAAAGGCGUCGAGACCAAAGGGCGCCAUGACGGACUGAACCCGUUCGACGAGAUCGCUGUCGAGGAGGCCGUCCGGUUGCGCGAGAAGGCCAAGGAGGCCAUCGAGAAGAUCACGGUCGUCUCGAUCGGCCCGGCCAAGGCGUCCGAGGUCCUGCGCACCGCCCUCGCCAUGGGUGCCGACGACGCCAUCCACGUCGAGACCAAGGAGGACGACGUCGUCGAGCCGCUCGCCGUCGCGCGCGCCCUCAAGGCCCUCGUCGGCCAGGAGUCGCCCGACCUCGUCAUCAUGGGCAAGCAGGCCAUCGACGACGACUCGAGCCAGGUCGGCGGCAUGCUCGCCGGCAUGCUCGGCUGGCCCCAGGCCAACUUUGCGAGCGAGGUCGACCUCGACACGGCCGCAAAGACGGUCACCGUCUCGCGCGAGAUUGACGGCGGCCUCGAGACGCUCAAGAUGUCGCUCCCGGCCAUCAUCACGACCGACCUGCGCCUCAACCAGCCCCGCUACGCGAGCCUGCCCAACAUCAUGAAGGCCAAGAAGAAGCCGCUCAAGAAGAUGAAGCCCGAGGAGCUGCAGGCCGACUUUACGCCUCGCCUCGAGCAGGUCGACGUCAAGGCGCCUCCGCCUCGAAAGGGCGGCGCCAAGGUCGAGUCUGUCGACGAGGUCGUCGCCAAGCUCAAGGAGGCGGGCGUGCUGUAGACAGCUCUCGAAACCCUGCUAAAUCCGACUCGAAGUGCACGUUCCCCUCGUC